AUGUUUGGUCUGCAGUUCCCAGUAGCUAGUGGACGAUGCACAAGAGGAGCCUUCAUGACUCUUCUUAAUGUGAGACAGAACUUCCAAGAGGAACUCAGCUGUGACUUCAUUCUGGUGAUUGACACUGAAGGACUAAGAGCUCCAGAGUUGGCUUCCCUUGGUGACAGUAAUGAACAUGACAAUGAACUGGCCACACUAGUAGUUGGGUUGAGUGAUAUCUCCCUUGUCAAUAUGGCCAUGGAAAACACAACAGAGAUGAAGGAUAUUUUACAGAUUGUGGUCCAUGCAUUUCUUAGGAUGAAACAAAUUAAGAAGAAAGCCAACUGUCAAUUUGUACAUCAGAAUGUGAGUGACGUGUCCGCUCAUGACAAGAUCACAAGAGAAAACAAGCUGCUCCUAGAGCAGUUGGAUGAGAUGACAGAAAUCGCAGCAAAAAUGGAGAAUAAUGAUGAUGUCACACAGUUCUCUGAAAUCAUUGACUAUGACAUUGAGAGAGACAACUGGUACAUUUCUGGCUUGUGGCAUGGUGUUCCCCCCAUGGCAUCUAUU